AUGACUUACCCUCUCUCAACGACCCAACCAGACCCCGAUGUAUCCAAUCAAGCUGUCAACGCGCCUCCGCGAGAACAGCUCCUAUCCAACCUCUCUCUUCAAUCCAUUCUCCUCACCCAACUCUUCGCAAUCAUCUCGAAUCCUCCGACGCAAGCGCCUGGGACAGCACAGUCGCAUCCGGUGGCCGGACUCUACCGGGCCAUCGACACCGCUACGAAUGAUCUUGGCGGCAUAGUCAAAGAGGUUAGAAUCCAUCAACAAGCUUGGGCCAGACUGGAGCGCGUUAAGGAUCAAGUGAAAGCUUUAGAUAUGGAUGUCAGACGAGUCAUUGGAGAUCUCGAGAGAGGUCGCGUAGAGCUUGAAGGCAUGGUGAAUGAGGGCAUCAAAGUUCGAGAAGCCAUCGACAGGGUAUCAAAGGAUCCCCUUCCUGUACAACCGUUACUGGCCCAUGCUAGAUCCCUCGCGAGACAUUCCUCUGCUCCCGUAUCUUCGCUCCUCGCACCGAUCGACAAGGCUCAGUAUCAACCUUGGCCUACAGAGACGGCGAUGCGAGCAGGCAUUCUGUUCAGGGAAGGUGGAAGCAUGUCUGGAAUCGGCGACGUGGGCAUCGUCGGUGAGGAGAGGCCUCAAGAGGCUGUUCAAAUGAUGGAAGAAGACUAUAUGCAGCAAGAAGAAUCACGCCGACCUGCACCGGCAGUCUUCUCGUUGGACCUGAACUCGGAUUCGGACGACGAUUAG